AUGGCAGUGUUCAAAUUGGAGUCCGACAAGCAAUUCAUCAGAACUUCCAAAGGCGAUCCGGAUGUAUAUGUGUUCGAGUACUUUGAUGAUCCCAACGUUUUCGAGAUGAUCCGAGCCAGUAACAACCGCUGGAGACAACUCACCCGGGUCGGCCCGACCGGGUCGGCUCCCUUCAAGGUGCUUGAGGUGCUGGGGGUGAGGAUCGGAGGCAACCAAUUGAAGAAUCUGGCCACGGAUUUGACCCUCACGGCUCGAGAUGGCCAAACCUUCCAUCUCAUCGUCAACCGUCAAGGCCUCUGUUUCCUGUACGUGGACAGCUCGCCUGUGAUGCGGCUGCGGGUCAAUGACUAUUUCGGUUGGUCCAAGUACGGGGUCAGCCCCGGGGUUGGUCCGAUCUGGAACAGGUGGGACAUGAGUAACGGCGCCGUUUUGGUGCCGGCUGCGGCGGCUCCUUCGUCCGAUUGCUGGAAGAAGCUUGCGGAGGAGAAGGAUAAGCUGCUGGAGAAGAGCAAAGAGACAGAGUCGUUGCUCAGGCAGUCGAUUGCGGACAAGGAUAAGCAGCUGGCUGCUCUCAAGGCCUCCAUGAAAGCCUUGGUGCAGGAAGUGUGA